AUGGAGAACGGCAAAUUGGCGGGCACCGAAUCAUUGGAAUCAAUUGAAAGUGGUAGUACCAGUUCAGCGUUAUCUACGCGGACAGCGUCUAAUGUUGUUGGAAAUGAGCCGGUACGUACCCUGUUUGUUUCCGGCUUGCCGAUGGAUGCGAAACAACGUGAGCUUUACCUCCUUUUCCGAUCCUGCCGGGGCUACGAGAAUUCAUUGCUCCGAAUAACUCAAUCUAAAGAUGGUGGCAUUGCGUCACCUGUUGGUUUUGUUACCUUUUCUAGCGUAGAGGAUGCCGAUAUCGCCAUGAAAGCCUUACAGAGCGUACUUUUUGAUCCCACCACUGGCCACAAGAUUCGUCUCGAAAAAGCCAAAAGUAACACGAAGGUAUCAAAACCUAAGCAGAUCUCUCCACCAUUAGCAGUUCUUCCACCGCCAACCUCUGUUACCGCGGCAGCUUUUUCUCCGGGUGUACUGCAAGCUGCAGCUGCAGCCGUCGCAGCAUCAGCAGCACCUUCACCACAAUCAAUUUUUGCACCACCACCGUCAAUACCUGCUCCUACAUCUCACCGACAAGAUUUUAUCAAUGCGGCAUGUAUCAAUGAUCCACAACUUGCUCAUAUUCUUAACGAAAAUCAUUUCCUCCUGAAUUCAGUACCACAAUUUGCUGUGGCAGCCGCCGCAGCAGCAGCAGCAGCAUCUCAACCACCAUUUCUGUUACCCCCCGCUGCAGCCGCAAUUGCUGCUGGUUUGCCAUUACCUCCCGUUGGAGCUGCCAAUGUUUCACCAACACAUUUUUUGCAACCACACGCCGCAGUUGCUGCUCAAUUAACAGCUGCUACGCAUCAUGUUACCGCUGCACAGUUGAAUGCUGCAGCUGUAACAUCAGCAAAUGCAGUUGCAAAGGCUACAGCAGCAGUAUCACCAGCAUGCUCCACAUUAUUUGUAGCCAAUUUGGGAGAUGGAAUCACGGAAGAUGAAUUGAAAGCUGUUUUCUGUGCUUAUCCCGGAUUUACACGAUUACGGCUGCAUACCAGAAAUGACACAACUGUGGCUUUCGUUGAAUUUCGAGAUGUGCGACAGGCCACGUUAGUGAUGAAUGCUCUACAGGGUUGUCGUAUUUCAAGCUCGCAUCGUGGUGGUAUUCGAAUUGAAUAUGCACGAAAUCGAAUGGGAGACGUCACCGGUCAGUGGUAA